UUGCUGCUUGCAGUCUGUCACCAUGAGGGAGCAGCGCUAAGUGGAUGUGACUGCUCUGAUUGCACUCCAUGGGAAAGCGAGAAGAAAUAGCCUACCUCUGAUCACCAACGCGUCAUAUAAUGUUUCAGCGGACGCCCCUCCCCCUGUCUCGUUUUUUCCCCUCACUCAACCUCUCCUUUGACUCACAGAGGCGGCUCACCACUGGUGCACGGACCGUGGAGGAUAACGGGCAGAAGAUGGCUGACUUAGCCGGGGAUCGCAAGCCCUCGGCGGCAUCGCCAGCGUCACACGGGCCGCUGAAAAGCUGCAAGACAUCCGCCGUCUGGCGACUGUAAACAGCUGCCGGUGCCUCUCUCUGUCUCUCUCUCUCUCUCUCUCUCUCUCUCAGCCCCCCCCCCCUUUCCUCUCUCUCUCUUCGUCACCGCAAAUAUUGACAGAAGUAUCACAGAGAAAACAUGGCAGAGAUGGAAAAAGAAGGCAGACCUCCGGAAAAUAAAAGAAGCCGAAAACCAGCUCACCCGGUGAAAAGGGAAAUAAAUGAAGAGAUGAAGAGUUUUGCAGAGAACACCAUGAACGAGCUGCUGGGCUGGUACGGCUACGACAAGGUGGAGCUGAGAGACUCUGACAACCUGGAGAUAGGGGAGACGCCACAGCACAUCUCUGUCCUCAAAGAAAACUUGUUGCCAAAAAUCCCACCUUCAACAGAGAGCGGCGAAGGCUCUCCGGAUCGAGCCAACAGCUCCCAGUCUUUGCCAGCCUCCAGGAACGGAGUCACAGAGCCCUCUACAACACCAUCCACAUCCACGCCCAGCACCAAGGAACAUGGCAACCUGCCCAUCAUAGUCCCUAUGAUCCCCCCGCCACUCAUCAAGCCCCCUGCAGAUGAAGAUACGUCCAAUGUGCAGAUCAUGUGCGCCUGGUGCCAGAAGGUUGGCGUCAAACGCUAUUCUCUGAGCAUGGGGAGUGAACUGAAGAGCUUCUGCAGUGAGAAAUGCUUCGCUGCCUGCCGCAGAGCCUAUUUUAAGAGAAACAAGCUGGGAUAUGUAAGGAAUUACGCUGCGAGAGACGACGAUGGCCUCGGUGGGAAAUUACCCCAGCACAGCUUUACUCAGGACACGCCCAGGCUUGUCUUCAAGACAAACAGCGAUGUGCUUGUGUGUGACUGGUGCAAACAUAUUCGCCACACUAAGGAGUACCUGGACUUUGGUGCUGGUGAGCGGAGGCUGCAGUUCUGCAGUGCCAAAUGCCUGAACCAAUAUAAGAUGGACAUUUUCUACAAGGAGACCCAGGCCGCGCUACCUGGAGCACUGUGUAACCCAGGACAUGGGGGUGGUGGAGAGGGUAAAUUAGAGUGCAGUGGAGGGGUACAGCUACUCACUCCUGAAUCUUGGGGAACACCGUUAACGGACCUCCGGCGUAAAGCUCCCUCACCAGGGGGGCCUUCCACCACCUCCGGUUUUGCCCCUUCCAGUUCUUCUGCCACUUCACCCUCAGACACUGCUGCCGUCUGCUCGCCAUCCUCCUCCUCCUCAGCCAAGAUCCCCACACCCAGACCCCACGAGAGCCCUACACUUCCCCCUCCACCUGUUCCCACUUUGCACCCACCUGUCGGGGUUCCUCCUGGUAGCCCUCCUAUGGUGAUGACACCCCGGGGACCCAUGCCCCUGCCUCUAUUCAUGGAACAUCAAAUGAUGCAGCAGAUGCGGCCCCCAUUUCUUCGGCCCUCUGCCCACCCUGGAGGGCCCAAUAGCCCCCUGUCAAACCCUCUUAUCCCUGGUAUUGGUCCACCACCUCCUCCGAGGACCAUUGGUCCAGCAUCAAGCCCCAUGCACAGGCCCCUGCUGUCUCCACAUCACCACCCCUCAUCAAAUCCCAACCCAGGCAUGAUGCCCCCCCAUCCUGGUAUCCCUAUACCAGGCCUGCCCCCUUUCCCCCCAGUCAACAUGAUGCCCAAUGGACGCAUUCCUAUGCCCCCAAUGAUGAACUUUGGCAUGCCAUCCUUGGCCCCAUUGGUACCCCCACCAACUCUCUUGGUCCCUUACCCUGUCAUUGUACCCCUUCCAGUCCCAAUCCCUAUUCCAAUACCAAUUCCCUUCAGCCCCAAAGCUUCCAGGGACCAGCAGGAGAGAAGUGGCUCUGUCCGCAGUGCUCCAGAGUCCUCCGAAGCUUCAGCUUCUGGGCCACACUCUCCAAGUUCCUCUGGAGGUGACAGAGGUGAGCAGAAAGUAGAGGCAGCUGGUACAGAGCAUCUCUCUCCUAUACAUUCAGAGAGAAGCAGGUUGGCAUUAGUGGACUUGACUGUAAAGGCAGAGGACAAUUCAGGCAAUUUGUGUUUAACCAGUGGCCCUGGGCCGAUGGAGGGAGUGAUUGAUCUAACUGUGGGCCAGAGGUCAUGCCAACAGCAGGUAAUUCAGAGGAUGAUACCAGGGGUCCAGGUCAAAGUAGAGCCAGAGGCCGAAUCAAGAUCUCCACCAGCUGCUGGGUUUGGGAGGGAAGAGAAGGGUAGUCAUGAAGGUGGGGAAGGGGGCCUUUUACACUCCUCCAGUACAGAGCUGGAAGGGGCCACACUCCCAAACACACUGGAAUCAUCAGGCCCACCCUCCAGCAACAGCAGCCCUUCUUGCAAUGCAGAUCCUUCAGUGAACCAGCUAAAUUCCUGUAUCUCUAACAUCACCCCACCACCCUUACCCAGCACAGCACAGAACCAACCCCAGCCCCUGCCCCAGCUCCAAACUAGUCCUGCUGCACCAUGUAAUGUCAUAGUGAAUGGUACAGGAUGGCAUUCGCUUCUUUCUUCUGCCUUUGAGUCUUGCCCUGACCGAAGAGGAGACAGUGUUGCAGGAGAAGUAGAGGCAGAGGAGCAGCCGGCCAAUGGUGAGCUGGAGCGUGAGGCACUGAAAGAGAACAAUUGCUCAGUUGGAGAUUGGGAGCCGGGAAAGCGGGGCCUGGUGCAAGAUGAGAUGGCGGACACAGUGGAGGGUAAGCCAGACCCUGAUUCCAACUUGGAAGAGGGUGAGCACGCCUAUGCCUUGCCGCUGCUGUCUGCCGGAGGCUGUGUGGUCAUCCAGCCUGUGCCAAAGCCCGGCACUGACAAGACGGCCAUCCUGUCCUGCUCCAUCAGUGCCCCUUUAUCAGCAGCUGGGAGCCCCGAGCUGGAGCCGCCGCUGAAGAGGAGGUGUCUGCGAAUCCGCAAUCAAAACAAAUGAGAUGGACGCUCUGAGGACCACAGUGCCAUCAACGACACUCACUUGUCCACCCCCCACCUCCAAAUCCCACCCCUCCCAAACCACACCACCGCACACGUGCACACACAAACAUUUUUUUCCUCGUCCUCACUCAUCGUCCAGUCUACCAGCACCACAAAUCGCCUUCGACGACUGAUGAGAGUCCAACCAAACAUGUUGAUGAUGUGUAUCAUAGUAGAGCAGACAGGACUCCUUUUGUCUGUGUGACAGACACUCUAAUGGACUGAACUUCUACAGACUUGAUGUCACGGCCAGCAGGAUCGCUUGACCUUUGAACUGCAGACAGCAGUAUCCGCUGCUUCUCUCCUCAUUUAGAGACUCUCAGCCCGCACUGGCUCUCAUAGCUUACCCACUCUCCCCUAUCAAAGCAAGUGCUGUCUGUAUUGUCUGUUACAAUGGAUCGCACUAUAGUGUCCUGUAUUCAAAGCUGCUGGUGGGACAUUAGUGAAGGAGCCACAUGGAGAGAUUUCCAUCUCCUGUUUCGGUCCAGCCUGGUGCCACAGCACAGGUACAAAAUCUGCUCCAGUAAGUGUGUUUUUUUUUAUUUGUCACAGAGGUAUAGCCGGAUUUCACAAAGUUUAGAUCGCAGAGCCACAGAGAAAAAAAGAAAGGCGGAAAUUCUGCUGCUUUAUCUUCUUGGCCCUUUUGCUUGAGCACAACUAGCAAAAAUGUGCUUGCCAAACUAACACAAAGUGUUCUGGGUGAUUGUGAUCGGCGGUAGCUAAAAAGAAGCACAAGCAUGAAUCUGGUUCAUGUAAAAUGAUUGAAAGACAAUAUAAAAAGAGAUUUCAAUCAGAGGCUAUGAAACAGUCCUUGGACAUAAAAUGACCAAUUGUGUUGUGAAUUAUUCCUACUGAAUCAGCAAACUGGAGGAUAAAAUAUUAACCUUCACCAGCAAAGUAAUGGUGUGUGGGUGGAAUCAUGCAAUCUCUGCCAUUUUCCUGUGGCAUCUAUUCGUUUGCUCUUAAACUUCACUGACUUUAAAUAUGUAUUGUUACAAAAGAAUGAGACAGAGUUGUCAGGAUAAUCAUUCCUACUAUAGACAGUUUCACAGCCCUUGGGAAUGCCGUCUGUGUGCUCAAACGUUAAGCCGUGCUAGUAACAGUAAUAAGGGCCCCUGCUGUUUUCAAGGCUUACUGCAACUCCAAAAGAACUGGGAAGGCAUAGCAAUGUCGAAACUCUGCCAACCUGCAGUGGGUACUCGCUACCGCAGGCUAGUUCUUUUCUAUAAUACAUUACCAGUGAUGUUCCUGUAAUGGGUUAGUUUGAGACUGACUGCACUGAAUUUACAGGGGGCACGGGGAAGCCAGCUCUUUCAUAAAUAAUUCUUUUGGGACCUGGAGGAAAACUGCUCAAGUAACAGGACAGAAAUAUUUCUACAAUAAACAGACUGAAGAUAAACUCAUUUUGGAAAUAAUUUAAGAAAUAUUUAAAACGUUGCCUCUUGCUUGUCCACCAAUUCAGCCAAGUUGUUUAAUUUUAUUGCCAAUUAUUUUUGUUUUAAGCCAAAUUUAGCCGCCACGUUUUCCUUGAUUUAGUGUCAUUUAGUGUAUGGCGGUGUAUUUUGGACAGUUUAAGUCAAACGUAACAGUCGCCCAUCCAGUUUGAUCUGAUCCAGUUACACCUUAGCUUAAGCCUGUGUGCUUGGACUCCAUUAAACAAAGCCAGCAUUUAGUUUACACUCCUAUGGAGGAGGUACAUUGUACCAGUGCGAGACAAGGUAUUAUCAUUUGCCAAAGGCCUCUGGUGUGUUGAAGCAAAAUAUGUCACCUAGUUUUCAGUGGAAAUUGGAUUUCAAACUGAAGUUUUGACCAGAUAAUUUAUAGUUGCCAAAAUCACAAGCACUUAUUAAAAUAUAUUGGAAAAUACAAAACCAGUAUUACCCUACUGUCUCUCUUUAUGGUUUAUUCAACCUAUAAAAGCAUAUGAUAUACCACUAUAUGGAUUAAAAAGGUAAUGGUGCACUUGAGUGAUCCCUGAUGAUGACUUACAUCAAAUGUGCGCAUUGCUUUGCAGUCCUAUCUCACUGUUUUCCUGUAGCCUGUUGUUUUAGUUCAUUCUGUCACGGUGAAACAUCCUGUGUUUUAUUCUGUGUACAAAUGAGGCCCAACAGUUACUCAUAUACAUAUUAACAUGUCACAGGGAUACCUACAGCACUCAUACUCAUGUCACACACGCAUACAUACACAAUGCACAUAGUAAAUUUAACUGUGCGUACGUGUGCGAGGCAGGUGCAAGCAGAGAGCCCAGUUGAGAUUACAGAGUGUUGACUCAGAGUAAGCAGUGUGCAACUCUAUCUGUUGCCUGUUAGUCAGGCAUUUAGGCUUAGCUUGCUGCUUGCCAAGGCCCAGCUUUGGUGUCACUUUAAGCAUUUCCUUGCCCUCUGCUUCAUUUCUCUUCAAGCAAAGGCAGUGAAAAAGCUCUGUUUUUGUUCUUGUCUGUUUGUUGCAACAUAACUCUUUCACGUGUAUCAUAAGCACAGCGUCUCUAAGAUUACGGUUUAUAUCAGAAGAAUAGGUAUUGAGCAAUUACACCUCUGCACCAAAUCUGAGAUUUCUCUGUCAACCUGUCAGUCGUCUCCUCCAGAAAGAUCAGAAACAAAGGGUUGAUGUAACCCUGAAAUCGUGGAACAAAUGUGGGAGACAAAAACCAGGUACACGGCCAGGAUUUCAGAGGUCAUGAGCCCCUCCAGCACAGCCAACAAAGUAACAAAUAACUUCAUUUUUUUGUGAUAUUUUUAUUUAUUUAGUUAACUGUAAAUUUAAUUUCUUAUCAAACCUUUUGAUAUUAUGUAUUUAUUAUAAUUUAUACAAUAUAAAGUCCCUCCAGGCAGUUAAAAGAAGGUGAAUGACUGUGUCCUGGUUAGCUCCUUUCUUUACUGUCCCACACUUUAGCAUACACUGCUGGCAUUUUCAUAAACAGCAAGACUGAUAAGAAAGGAGGUGUCAGUGUUGUAACAUGUAGACUGAUGCAUGUUUGUCUAUGUAGGCAGACUGCCAUGAACUAAUCAGAGGAUGAACCCGCUACAAUUUGGACUCUCCAUUAGUUUUCCUCUAGCGCCACCCUCAGGACAAAAUAUCAUCCAACUAUUAAUGACCAAUCUGGUCAUUAAUAGUUGGACAUUUUGGGAAAUGCACUUUUUCACUUGCUUGAUUGUCACCACUCUCGUGUCAGUUAAAUGUGAAGCUACAACAAGGUGUUGGUUAUCUAAGCUUAGAAUAAAGACUGGAAACAGUUAGAAACAGCUAGCCUGGCUCUGUCCAAAGGUAAAAAAAAACAAAAAAAAACCUACCAGCACUUCUAAAGCAAAUUAACACAUUAUAUCUGUCUGUUCCUAGUCUUUAUGCAAAGCUUGCGAACACACUGCUGGUUGUAGCUUCAUAAGUGCAUUUCCCAAAAUGUAGAUUAUUCCUUUAAGUAAAAGCUAAUUGUUCUGAUGACCUUUCUUGUCCAACAUCAGACUUACUAUUUUAGUCUGACUACUGGCUCUUCUCCCAGAAUUUCUUUAUUUUUACCAGAAAUUUUACACCGAUUUAAAAAAAAAAAGAAGAAGUAAGGUAUCUUUUUGAGUUUUGAUGAGAAACUUACCAAAAGUAUUGCUAUGUCUGCUUUUUCUCCUGCUUGACGACUUCACACACACACACACACACACACACACGCACACACACACACACACACAUGCACACAUUGAGACACACACAGACACAACAACAUGCAUGUUAUGUCUGAUCCUAAUCUGCACCAUGUUGGCAUUGCAAAUGGUAUACUGUCCAUGUCUGAGACAGAUAUUAGAGAGCCUAACUCUCGAGUGGAAAUCCUGGACCACUGAAUCAGUCUUUGUGGCGGCAAGCAGACUUGUGACAAAUCUCCAGCAUUCCUUUUUUUGAUGAUGGACUACAGGCCUAGUCAACAGCCUGAAUUAUGCAAUGACAACUAACUCCUACCCUAAUAUAGACGAGUAGUCCACAGACAAAAAAAAA